AGUGUCCGAGUCAGCUCACAUGCCAAAAGUGUGUUGACAUCUUCAGUCGGUACAGAUAAUAGUAAAAUACAGUCACAACAGUGAGGUAAGUCGUCGGCAGAGGAGGGAUUUUGGGAGGAGGGCCACACCGUGGAAGCAGCCGUACAGAGCCUUUAAAAACUCUGUGUGGAUGUCUGCCGUGAGUCAGUAGAGGAGGAAGCGUGUCCGCCCACAAGAAAGAUGGCGGCUCCCUUGCUGGAGAAUCUGUCGGAGUCCCUAGGUUCCCCCGAACCGGCGGUUCGACUCAUUUUAUCAAUUUUAAUCGGGUAUCCCUGUGCUCUGGUGUACCGGCGCUUCUUGUUCUAUCAGUCCCCCACAGUCAUCCACUUGUUCCACGCGCUCUCUGGAUUGGCUCUAGCAGCAUUCAACUUUGCAGGCUCUCAGCUUUAUCACUCCGUAGUAUGCAUCCUUGUCCAGUUCCUGAUGCUCAGGCUCAUGGGAAGGACGGUCACCGCUGUCCUGAGCAGCUUCACCUUUCAAAUGCUAUACCUGCUGGCAGGGUAUUACUACACAGCAACAGAGGAGUAUGACAUCAAGUGGACGAUGCCUCACUGUGUCCUCACACUCAAACUCGUUGGUUUGUCAUUUGAUUACUAUGACGGCGGCAAGGAACCAUCUCAGCUGACUUCAGAGCAGAAGAAAGCAGUCCUGUCAUCUGUCCCCUCGCUGCUCGAGGUAUACGGCUUCUCCUACUUCUAUGGCGGCUUCCUGGUGGGUCCCCAGUUUACAAUGCGCAGCUACCAGAAGCUGGUGGCAGGGGAGCUCACCGACUGCCCCGGAAAGCCUCCCAACAGUGUAAUACCGGCUCUGAAGAGGUUUUCUCUGGGGUUUCUCUGCUUAGUGAUAUACGCGAUAUUUAGUCCUUAUUACCCAGACAGCUACUACUUAACAGAUGAGUAUGAGGCUCAGCCAUUCUGGUAUCGCUGUGUGUUUAUACUGCUUUGGGCCAAAGUCAUUUUGUAUAAAUAUGUCAGCUGUUGGGUCAUCGCGGAGGGUGUGUGUAUACUGUCAGGGCUGGGGUAUAAUGGAGUAGUGGAUGGUGUGCACCAAUGGGACGCCUGUGCCAACAUGAAGGUGUGGCUCUUUGAAACGACGCCACUAUUUGGAGGAACUAUUUCUUCUUUCAACAUCAAUACGAACGCCUGGGCUGCCAGGCAUGUGUUCAAGAGGCUGAAGUUCCUGGGCAAUAAGACCUUGUCUCAUUUGACCACCCUGUUCUUUCUGACUAUUUGGCACGGCCUUCACUCUGGAUACAUCUUGUGUUUCUCCAUGGAGUUCUUCAUCAUCACUGUGGAGAGACAGGCCCAGGCUCUGGUGAGGGAUAGUCCCUUGUUGACGAAGCUGGCCAACAGCGCACUCUACCCCCUCAUCUAUAUAGUCCAGCAGUUUGUCCACUGGCUCUUCAUGGGGUAUCCUCUAGUGCCAUUCUGCCUCUUCACCUACGACAAAUGGCUCAAGGUGUAUUCCUCCGUCUAUUUCUGUGGUCACGUAUUCUUCCUCGUAUGCUAUUUAAUCUUACCGUACCUCCGUAAGGCGCUGGUGCCUAAGAAACCACGGACUGAGAAGAAGCAAGAAUAAAACCUGGUACGAGGACUCAGCAUGGUGCAUCUAAGGCUGGACAUCUAAUGAAGGGAACUGUGACUUUGAAGGAGUGGAAUGGAAAAUAUUAUAAGGCCUUUAGUAAUAUAUAUAUAUACAUAUAUAUAUAUAUAUAUAUGUCCAUGUAAAAAUACAUUUAUAUAUAUUUUUGUGUUUUAAAUGGGGAAGGGUGUUUUAUAAACAUUUGGAGAAAUGUUUACAGGAAAUUACCAUUGUGCCACAUGGGGGUAAUUGUGAGCCAAUCAGGGGCAGUUUCCUGACGGUUUUCUUUUUAUAAAUUUCAAGACAUGUGGAACUUGAACACAAGAGACUUACACGCUGUCGAUACAGAAUUGCACUCACUGGUUCGGAGUCGGUCUUUGACUCCUGUUUUUUUUUUUUUUUUAUUAUUAUUUUGUCUCAUCGCUCUCAUCCCACGUUUUGCAGCAACAUUAAGCCCUCGCGGGAGGUCGAAGCACAGCGCCAGCAUAUGUGGCACUCUGAUGUAAUAAAACAGCAAGCGUACAGCUUUCUGCAGAAGAAGAAAGGUUGUGGUGAUUAUAAGAAUAUUAUCAGGUUUUGUUUUUUCUUCAAAAUGGCUGCCAGUGGUUAUACAAGCACUGUAAAUCACACAUUACACACAAACUCUAACUCAAAAUGGCCUUGUAUUAAUGAAUGUUUUUACAGUGCAUUUCUUCUGAUUUUAAUUUGAUUUGUGACGGGAUGAAAAAAACAAAAGAUUUUAUAGAGAUUUAACAGCUUUUACGAAAAAGAAGAUUUUGUAGCUUUGGAUAAGACUUAAUGAAACAAGCCGCAUCGUCCUGGUGAUCUUUUUGCUUUUCUUCUCUCCACAUCUCUCCCUCUCCACUGUCCCUUUCUAUUAAAGCCCUCUGAACGGCACUAAACCAC